CUCGACUCGACUCCCAUAAGUGCUCGGCUGUGACGGUUUUGUCAACGUAAUUUGCUUAAGAAGAGGACGCGCGCCAGUGGCUAUCACGCCUCGGACCGAUUUUGUCAUUUGGAUCACGUGCUCGCAUCGGAAGAAAGGUUGUCUCCACACCACUGUUGCCUGCUAGCUAGCUAGUGUCACAAGGCGGAGGAAAAGAUGGACAGGUAUCAGAAGAUCGAAAAGCCAGAUUCCAACCUUGGAGAAGGAACCUACGGGGUGGUGUACAAAGCACGAGAUCGCAAAACCGACGAGAUCGUUGCUUUGAAGCGCAUUCGCUUGGAAGUCGAAGAUGAAGGCAUCCCUUCCACUGCCCUCCGCGAAAUCAGUCUACUACGAGAGCUCAGCCAUGAAAAUGUCGUGGAACUCAAGGAUUGCGUCCAAGAAGAAGGAAAACUCUACCUUGUUUUCGAAUUCCUCGACAAAGAUCUGAAAAAGUACAUGGAGUCAUGCUCCGGACUUCUCGAUCCCAUGUUGGUCAAGUCCUACCUUUUCCAGUGUUGCCGUGGGCUCGCCUUUUGUCAUGCACGGGGUGUCAUGCAUAGAGACCUCAAACCUCAGAAUCUCCUUGUGACGCGUGACGGACGGCUCAAGCUAGCUGACUUUGGACUUGCCCGGGCCUUUUGCCCACCCAUACGACCGCUCACCCAUGAAGUAGUCACCCUGUGGUACAGACCUCCUGAGAUCCUUCUGGGGUGCCAAAGCUAUGCACCACCUGUAGAUGUUUGGGCGAUUGGAACCGUCUUUGUCGAAAUGGUCACCAAGCGACCACUUUUCCCCGGAGAUUCGGAAAUUGACCAGCUCUACAAAAUCUUCCGACAGCUGGGAACCCCCAACGAAGAUGUUUGGCAAGGUGUCACUCAACUGCAGGAUUGGAACACCGCAUUUCCUAUCUGGUACAAGAGUCCUUAUGCCAAGAGCGUAACUGACAAUUUGGAUGCGUCUGGGCUCGAUCUUUUGGAGAAGUUGCUUGCCUACAGUCCAAAGGAUCGCAUCUCCGCCAAAGAAUCCCUCAAUCAUCCCUACUUUGACGAGCUCGACAAGGAAAACAUUUAGAUCUGAAUGUGAGCGGUGCCAUCAUGCAGAAUGCACAUUCUUGUGGUCCAACAAUCUACCAUCAUGUCAGUUGAGCCUUUUUGCCGACAGAUCGCCAUGUUUGCUAUACCUCCUUUGCUUUUCAGGCCGCCCAUUGUUUAGAUGGGGGCAUCAUCUAAUGAAUGGUUGUCUACUUGUUUUUCAGCUAGUUCUUUUCACUACUAAUAUUCACUCAUUAUUCUCAAUUGAUUUUGUCCUCCCCACUAGUGGUAGCAACUAUCUAGCUAGCUUCACCACAUCGUCUUCGCAGGUACAUGUAGCAACAUCAAUCGCGAAGGCAGUUCAGUUAGUUCGACAAGGUAGCCAAAACUAUUAUGUGCGGUCUCGUGAUGCCGUGUCUAUACCGGUAUCUGAAGUUCCUUUCGAAAUAAGAUGCACUUCUCUCAUUCUAGCUAGCUACCGGUACUGUACCAGGUGCAUACAUACCGGUAGCUAAAAGCGACACCAUACUUCCGAACGUCAUGGAUGCCAUACGGUACGGCAGCACCCAACCUUUAUCCAUUUGCUAGUGACCCGCAGAGAAACGGGGUCAGGGCAAUGAGAGUGGGUAUCAACCAGAAGCACACGUUGUAACUGCACUCUGAAGUGUGCACAAGGCAGCUGUCCAGAGCUAUAGGGCUGGCCGCUCUCGGCAGUUCAGCCCGCUGCGUCGCUUGCUUUCCGUGCAAGGAAUAUACGGUAUGAUCCUUGCUAGGCUAGUACUUGACAAUCAAACAAUCAAUACCGUCCUGGAGUCGCCGCAAGGAGUAUCUACCGAGUAGUGGUUAGAAUGGAGUACGGUACAUGCCAGUGUGAGACACCCCACAAGCUGCAACUGGCUAGCUAGGCUAGUACCAUAGAACAAGCCGCCUCGGUUACUCCUUUGCAUGGCCCAGGUCCACCUCUGACCAUCGCAGCCCAACGAACACCACUGCGGAGGUCUUUUGCCCCCCCCCCCCUUUGGUACGGGUAAUGGCAUGCUACAGCUACA